ACUCACACCCCCUCUCUGUGCCCCCAACUCACACUCACACCCCCUCUCUGUGCCAUAGUUUCCCCAGGUCAUGAGGUGCCCCCUCCUGCCAGGCUGCCUACCUUGCUCUUAACCCCAAACAGCCGGUGACGGUAAAAGUGUCCCUGGUCUUUCUGGGUCAAGGUGGUGAACUGAACCCAACUCAGAAGCCUACUGAGACCACACAGGAGAGUGUUUAAGACAAACCCUGAGGAUGAGGAUGGAGAAGGAGCCCAUAGCAAGGGCAUUCUGCACCAAAGUGGGAACGGUGAGAGUCGUUUCUGGGGGAUCCCCACUCCCUAAGCCCCCACACAACAGCCCCAUCUAAUGAUGCUGCUGGGAAGAGCUGACAAGCCCAGCCAUGCACACGCUCAGAGCUCCCCUCCAGUCGGUGAUGAAGAAAAGACCACAGCUCUUUAUCUCAGCUGGCAGCCAGGGGUUCCUCGGCCUCAGAAGAAACCAGACAAACAGGUAGAUGCAUUUUGGGAUUGAAUAGGUCAUGUUCCAGCCACUUGAUGUGUGGAAGCAAAAUUGGCCUCACCCCGGUCAGAUUUUAAAAACGAGUACAUUGCCUACUGAGAUAAACUAAAAAUAAAGGUCAGCUUACUAGUUCUGGCCCCCAAAGUAAGUGAGAGGCUGAGCACGUCCCAUAAGCCUGGACAACCCCCCCCAUCCUUCACCUUGCAGUACAGUUCUUCUAUCUGAAGGUGUGUCAGACUCGGGAUGUAAAUCAUGGGGCAGUUUCCUCCUCGGUAAACGUGCCCACCAGGGGAGGGCGCCCCGCGGAGGUCGAGGGAGGGACCAGCACCCUCCUCGCUGGAGAAAGCCACGGGUCAGGAGGGCCGUCCUAGCCGGACCCCGCUUCCUUGUGCGACCACCCGGAGACGAGUCUCUGCCAAGCUAGUACACGACCCGGGCCUCCGCGCAGGGCGGGACGACGCUCCCGCUGUUGCCUUAGAAACUGCUUCUGGCGCGCGGACGCUGGAACGCCGUUACCAAGGCGACGACUCGGCGACCAAAAAAACGAGCCUCUUGCAGCGUGCUGGGGGUGGGGCCUGCGUAGUGGGCCAACUCUGAUUGGUCGAAAAGGCAGGUCGCUCACCUCGCUUAACCAAUAGGACCCCGGUCCGCUUUGAACAUGCGCAGGAUUUUAACGACCCGAGCAGUUGGUGAGUCCUAAGACCCGGAUGCAAAAAGGACGGCCGCCAGUGAGGGAGGGGAGUCCCGCGAACUGAGCUGCUCUGCAGACUCCUCUCCCGGAGGACGGGAGCAGUUCUCAGGCGUGAGAGGCCUCUGACAAUGAGUCUCCGCCGGCGGACGCCGCGCCCGUCCUUGCUUACGGAGGCUCAUGGGAAAUGUAGUCCAUAGGGAGGGCGGUGCCUAGGGAACAGGGGCCUGAUUGGCCACAGCGACGUCACCAGGGCAACGAACGGAGGGGCGGGGCGUCGCGGUGCCGUUGACCCGGAAGCGGCCUCUGGCGCCGGCGCGGUGGCGGCGGUCCCUCUCGGCGGCUCCAGGAAGGCCCCCGGCGCGACCAUGCCGUCCCCGCUGGGCGCCCCGCGCCCGCCCUCCGUGCGCCCCGCGCCCGCCCCGGAGGACCCCGAGGCCGCGCGCCUGCGCUUCCGGGGGUUCCGCUACCGGGAGGUGGCGGGUCCCCGGGAGGCCCUGGCCCAGCUCCGCGGGCUGUGCCGCCAGUGGCUGCGGCCCGAGGCGCACUCCAAGGAGCAGAUGCUGGAGCUGCUGGUGCUGGAGCAGUUCCUGGGCGCGCUGCCCCCCGAGAUCCAGGCCUGGGUGCAGGGCCAGGGGCCGGGCAGCCCCGAGGAGGCCGCGGCCCUGGUGGAGGGGCUCCAGCGGGACCCCGGGCAGCUGCUGGGCUGGAUCUCAGCCCAGGUCCUGAAGCAGGCGGUGCCCCCGGCGGCACAGAAGGCUCAGGACUCCCUGGCGAGUCUGCACUCCUCAGAGAAAGGGCAGCCCCUCGGGGCAGCCGCUGGGGAGGGGCCGGAGGGUGCCCAGCUCGGGGGCUGCCCUGUGAAGAGGGAGCCUGAGGCCGAGGCGCAGGAGAUGGCCUCCGCCAGCCCCCCAAAUCCGGUCCAGUCCCAAGAGGGGCCAGUUGGACCUGGGGAACGGGACGCGGCCUCCUUCCACCCGCCCAGGAUGCAGGAGGAGUGGGGGCUGCUGGACCCGUCGCAGAAGGAGCUGUAUUGGGACGCGAUGCUGGAGAAGUACGGCUCCGUGGUCUCCCAGGGGUUACCGCCUCCCCUGCCGGACCCGCGGGACGAGUUGGAGCCGGGGUUGGAGCCGGGGUCGCCGAGCGCGGGGGCCGAGGGCCCGGGCAGCCUCCGCACGGGAGCUGAGCGCGAGAGCCCGUCGGGGUCCACCGCGUCGGUGCCGCCGCCCCCGGAGCCGGACGCCGCGCGCAGCAAGCCCUACACCUGCGAGCAGUGUGGCCGCGGCUUCGACUGGAAGUCGGUGUUCGUCAUCCACCACCGCUCGCACCAGGGCGGCCCGGGCGCCCCGAGGCCGCUGCAGGGACCCCGGGAGCCGGGCGCCCCGCGCCACCCCCGGCGCGCGCCCCCGGGCGCCCGGAGCUACACGUGCGCCGAGUGCGGGCGCGGCUUCAGCUGGAAGUCGCAGCUCGUGAUCCACCGCAAGAGCCACGCCGCCCGCCAGCGCCACGUGUGCGGGGACUGCGGUCGCAGCUUUGACUGGAAAUCCCAGCUGGUCAUCCACCGGCGGGGCCACCGGCCCGGGGACCCCUGAGCGCGGGAGGCGGCGGCUCCCCUCGGGCCUCGGGGCCUCGGGGCCUGGACGCAGGCUGCUGGCUGCCGCCUGGAGGACCUAGGGCAGCCGAGGGCGCAGGAGCGGGGCGAGUCCCGGGGAAGAACCCUCCCCGAAAGCCUCCGCUCCCCUGACCUGGGGCCUGGGUCGCCAGGGUGACCUCCCGGCUCCCUUCUCCCCACGUGGGACUGACGGAGGCUGACGGCGCUCCUGCCCCGGGACCUGCCAGCCCCGGUGCGAUGCUCAGAAACCACCUCUUCCCUCCGCCCCGAGCGGGGCCGGUCUCCCCUGGAAGACGCAGGAGCCUGGAGGCAGGGCCGCUGUUGCCUGGGAGGGAGCCGCACGCUCUCCGCGGCUGUGGGUUUGCAAUGAACCCCGCUUUCCCCGUCGGGAGGUUCCUGGCGGCGACGCUGGCCUCUGGCUUCUGCCGGUCAGACGGUCAGCGGUCAGCGGCUCCUCCCGCCUUGCUGUCCUUGGGCUCCUGAGUCCCAGCUUGAGCGGACACCGAGGGGACUUUCUUUUUUAAAAAUUGACUUCAAAGAGAAGGGAAAGGAGAGACAGACAUCAAGUUGCCGUUCCACUGACGUAUGCGUGCACCGUCUGGGUCCUGUGCGCUGGCGGGAGAUCAAACCCAAACCUCCAACCAGCUGAGCUACGGUCAGAGCAGGGACUUCUUUUUUUUUUCCUGCGACAGGCUUAUUUAUUUAUUGUUUAUCUCAUGUUAUAGAACAUAUUAGAUCUUGUUGUUUAAGCUCUAAAGUCUUUUUUUUUGUCUGAAGUUUUACAUUUGUCUCCUUUUUCU